AGAGACUCAGAGGGAGGCGAAGCUCUUCGAUCUCUCUCACACCUUCCGCCAUAAACAGAAAAUCAAAAUUUAACCGCCAUAAAGAUAAACGAACACUCAUAAAACUAACUAAAACGACUAAAAAGCUUCACUGAAUUUCAAUCUGAAAAAAAACCUAGGGUUUCCAAACCCGUAAUCGGAGACCACCGCCAUGGAUUUCCGGUUCCCGUACUCGCCUCUGGAGGUUGCGACGCCGAGCUCCGUCCAGUUCGGCAUCCUCAGCCCCGGCGAGAUCAGGCAAAUGUCGGUGCUGGAGGUCGAGGAUGGCCGUUCAAUGCUGAAAGGGAAGCCGGUGAGAGGCGGCUUGAGUGAUCCUCGGCUUGGUCCGAUUGACAGGCACAACAGGUGUGAGACUUGUGCCAAUAACUUGAGCGAGUGCCCGGGCCAUUUCGGCCACAUUGAGCUCGCCAAGCCUGUGUUUCACUUCGGGUUUAUGAAGACUGUGCUGUCUGUAAUGCGCUGCGUUUGCUUCAAUUGCUCCAAACUUCUACUCGAUGAGGAAGAUGUUAAGUUUAAACAAGCUUUGAGAAUCAAGAAGCCUAAAGAUAGGCUAAAAAAGUUUGUGGAUGCAUGCAAAAACAAGACCAGGUGUGAAGGUGGUGAUGAAAUUGAUCUGCAAGGCUCAAAAUCCGGUCAACAUGUAAAGCAAAGUCGGGGUGGCUGUGGUGCUCAGCAGCCCAAGUUCUCUAUGGCUGAUUUGGAACUGGUUGCAGAGUACAAAUCACAAAGGAAACAAUAUGAUGAGGAACAGCUUCCUGAACCAGUGGAAAGGAAACAAAUCCUUACUGCAGAAAAGGUUCUUAGCUUAUUAAAGAGGAUAAGUGAUGAGGACUGCCAAUUGUUGGGACUGAACCCUGAAUAUGCUCGACCAGAUUGGAUGAUUUUACAAGUUCUUCCUAUUCCUCCACCAGCUGUGAGACCCCCGGUGAUGAUGAGCAGCUCUGCCAUGAGUGAGGAUGAUUUAACACAUCAGUUGUCCAUGAUUAUUCGCCACAACGAGAAUUUGAGGAAACAGGAAAAACAUGGUUCAGCUGCCCAUAUCAUUUCACAGUUUACACAAAUCUUGCAAUACUACAUAUCCACAUAUUUUGACAACAGCUUGCCUGGACUUCCAAAGGCUGCUCAUGGAUCGACAAAGAGGCCCAUUAAAUCAAUAUGUUGUAGGCUUAAGGCAAAGCAUGGCCGGAUUAGAGGAAACUUGAUGGGGAAGAGAGUCGAUUUCUCAGCACGGACAGUUAUUACACCAGAUCCGAACCUUAGCCUUGAUCAAUUAGGAGUACCAUGGAGCAUUGCUAUGAAUCUCACAUACACAGAGACUGUGACUCCAUUUAAUAAAGAAGGGUUGAAGGAGCUUGUUGAGUAUGGGCCACAUCCCCCACCUGGACUAACUGGUGCAAAGUACAUCAUACGAGAUGAUGGCCAAAGACUCGAUCUUCGUUACGUGAAGAAAGAUAGUGAUCGUCAUUUGGAGCUUGGUUAUAAGGUGGAGCGUCAUCUAAAGGAUGGAGACAUUGUCCUCUUAAAUCGUCAGCCUAGUCUCCAUAAAAUGUCAUUCAUGGGGCAUAGAAUCAAGAUCAUGCCAUACUCAACUCUUCGCUUGAACUUAUCUGUCACUUCACCUUACAAUGCUGAUUUUGAUGGGGAUGAAAUGAACGUCCAUGUUCCUCAGUCAUUUGAAACUAGGGCAGAAGCUCUGGAGCUCAUGAUGGUGCCCAAAUGCAUUGUUUCCCCUCAGUCAAACCGGCCUGUAAUGGGAAUCGUCCAAGAUACACUGUUAGGUGCUCGAAAAAUCACAAAAAGGGAUACCUUCAUAGAGAAGGACGUUUUUAUGAACAUCUUGAUGUGGUGGGAGGAUUUUGACGGGAAAGUGCCUGCUCCUGCAAUAUUGAAGCCACGACCUCUUUGGACUGGGAAACAGGUGUUUAAUCUUAUAAUACCGAAACAGAUAAAUCUCCAAAGAACUUCAGCGUGGCACUCUGAAUCAGAAAGGGGUAACAUUACCCCUGGUGAUACUUUCGUUAGAAUAGAAAAAGGGGAGUUACUUUCUGGAACUCUCUGCAAAAGGGCACUUGGGACUUCUACAGGAAGUCUUAUACAUGUCAUAUGGGAAGAGGUUGGUCCAGAUGCAGCCUCCAAAUUCCUUAGUAAUACCCAGUGGCUUGUGAAUUACUGGCUGUUGCAGGAUGGUUUUAGCAUUGGAAUUGGAGAUACAAUUGCCGAUGCAGCAACAAUGGAAAAGAUCAAUGUAACUAUUUACAAGGCAAAAAAUGAAGUGAAAGAACUUAUCAGUAAAGCCCAAUCCAGGCAACUGGAGGCUGAACCAGGACGAACUAUGAUGGAAUCCUUUGAAAACAAAGUGAACCAGGUGUUGAAUAGGGCUCGUGAUGAUGCUGGAAGUAGUGCCCAAAAGAGUUUAUCUGAGAGUAACAAUCUCAAGGCCAUGGUCACAGCCGGAUCGAAGGGAAGUUUUAUCAAUAUAUCGCAGAUGACUGCUUGUGUGGGACAGCAGAAUGUUGAGGGUAAGCGAAUUCCGUAUGGAUUCACAGACCGGACUUUGCCCCAUUUUACGAAAGACGAUUAUGGACCGGAAAGUCGUGGCUUUGUAGAGAAUUCCUACCUGCGUGGAUUAACUCCACAGGAGUUUUAUUUUCAUGCUAUGGGUGGUAGGGAAGGCAUUAUUGAUACUGCAGUUAAGACAUCUGAGACUGGGUAUAUCCAGAGGAGACUGGUGAAGGCUAUGGAGGAUAUUAUGGUUAAAUAUGAUGGGACUGUCAGAAAUUCAUUGGGGGAUGUAAUACAGUUUCUCUAUGGGGAAGAUGGAAUGGACGCUGUUUGGUUAGAAUCACAAAAGCUGGAUUCGUUAAAGAUGAAAAAAUCAGAAUUUGACAAGACUUUCACUUUUGAGUUUGAUGAUAGAAAUUGGAAUCCGGACUAUAUGUUGCCUGAAUAUGUUGAGGAUCUAAAAACUAUUGGAGAGUUUCGCUGGGCAUUGGACGCUGAAGUUUCAAAACUUGAAGCUGAUAGGAUUCAACUUGGCACAGAGAUUGCUGUCACAGGUGAUAAUACUUCGCCGUUGCCUGUUAACCUGAAGAGGCUCAUUUGGAAUGCACAAAAAACUUUCAAAAUUGACUUCCGAAGGACUUCUGAUAUGCAACCAAUGGAAAUUAUAGAAGCUAUUGAUAAUCUUCAAGAGAGGCUGAAGGUUGUUCCUGGUGAUGACUUGUUAAGUGUUGAAGCUCAAAAUAAUGCUACACUCUUUUUCAACAUUUUGCUUCGCAGCACUUUUGCUAGCAAAAGGGUGCUAAAAGAGUACAAGCUUACUCGUGAAGCAUUUGAGUGGGUUAUUGGGGAGAUAGAGGCACGCUUCCUGCAAUCACUUGUAGCACCUGGGGAAAUGAUCGGUAUUGUUGCUGCACAAUCUAUUGGCGAGCCUGCCACUCAGAUGACUCUCAAUACCUUCCACUAUGCCGGUGUAAGUGCAAAGAAUGUUACUCUAGGUGUUCCAAGGUUGAAGGAAAUUAUUGAUGUCUCUAAGCGUAUCAAAACACCAUCUCUCUCUAUCUACUUGAAGCCUGAAGCUAAUAAAACCAAGGAGAAGGCCAAGAAUGUUCAGUGUGCUUUGGAAUACACUAACCUCGGAAGUGUUACUCAAGCUACAGAAUUGUGGUAUGAUCCGGACCCUAUGAGCACAAUAAUUGAAGAGGAUCUUGAAUUUGUCCAAUCUUACUAUGAAAUGCCAGAUGAAGAGGUUAACCCUGAAAAAAUAUCACCUUGGUUGCUUCGCAUAGAGAUGAAUCGUGAAAUGAUGGUGGAUAAGAAACUGAGUAUGGCUGACAUUGCUGAGAAGAUUAAUUGUGAAUAUAGUGGUAAAAUACAGUGCAUCUUUAAUGAUGACAAUUCUGAGAAGUUGAUACUACGAAUCCGUCUCAUGAAUGAAGAAGCUCCACAUGAAGAACUGAAUGAUCAAUCUGAAGAUGAUGUUUUCCUGAAGAUGAUUGAGAGUAACAUGCUUACAAAAAUGGCUCUUCAAGGGAUCCCAGAGAUUAAAAAAGUGUUCAUAAAGCAUGGUAAAGUUAACAAGUUUGAUCAGAAUGAAGGGUUUAAUGCGGAGCAAGAGUGGAUGCUGGAUACUGAAGGUGUUAAUCUCUUAGCUGUCAUGUGCCAUGAGGAUGUUGAUGCCAAGAGGACAACAAGCAAUGACUUGUAUGAAAUUAUGGAAGUUCUUGGGAUUGAGGCAGCUCGACGGGCAUUGCUGGAUGAGUUGCGUAAUGUUAUAUCAUUUGAUGGAUCCUAUGUAAAUUACCGGCACCUGGCCAUUCUUUGUGAUACCAUGACCUAUCGUGGCUACUUGAUGGCCAUCACUCGACAUGGUAUCAAUCGAAAGGACACUGGUCCUAUGAUGCGAUGCUCGUUUGAACAAACAGUGGACAUGCUGCUGGAUGCUUCAGUUUUUGCAGAAACAGAUCAUCUGAGGGGUGCAACAGAAAACAUAAUGCUAGGCAAGCUGGCACCAAUUGGCACUGGAGACUGUGCCCUGUAUCUGAAUGAAGAGAUGUUACAAAAUGCUAUGGAAGUGCAGCUACCUGGUUAUAUGGAUGGCCUUGAUGUCGGCAUGACACCAUCCCAUUCUCCAUACCUUGAGAGCAUACUGUCUCCUAGUUAUUUGCCGAGUCCCAGUAAUCCUCUUUCACCAAUGUUGGAUGCAGCACAGUUUUCUCCAUACGUUAGGGGAAUUCCCUUUUCUCCUACUUCAUCUCCAGGCAACAUCCCAUCAUCUCUUGGCUACUAUCCGCCAUCCUUUGUAUACAGUCCCACCUCCCCAUACUAUAGCCCCACGUCACCAGGUUAUAGUCCAACCAGUCCCCCCUAUUCUCCUUCACGUCCAUCUUUCACAUCACCAGGUUAUACUCCAACCAGUCCUCCCUAUUCUCCUUCACGUCCAUCUUUCACAGCACCAGGUUAUAGUCCAACCAGUCCUGUCUAUUCUCCUACAAGUCCAUAUUACUCACCGACCUCACCCAACUAUAGCCCUAUCUCUCCAACAUCAACUCCUUAUAGCCCAACUUCACCUGCAUACGACCGAACACCACCGCCUUACGGCCUGACUUUACCUGCAUAUAGUCCCACUUCUCCUUUGUACACCCCAACAUCACCCUCCUACAGCCCGACCUCUCCAAGCUACAGCCCGACUUUCCCCACAUACACCCCCACUUCGCUUUCCUACAGCCCCACAUCGCCAUCAUACAGCCACACAUCGCCCUCCUACAGCCCCACAUCGCCAUCAUACAGCCCCACAUCCCCAUCAUACAGCCCCACAUCACCCUCCUACAGCCCUAGCUCCCCAUACGAUAGCCUGACAUCUCCAGGUUACAACCCAACCUCUCCCAGUUAUAGCCUGACAUCUCUGUACAGCCCAACUUCACUAGCAUAUUCCCCAACAUCUCCAACUUACUCUCCAUCGAGCCCCACUUACAGUCCCAUCAGCCUAUUCACCACCUCUGCAGUGAGCCCAGACUAUUCCCCAAGUUCUCCACAGUACAGUCCAAGUGGUGAGUACUCAUUGCGACAUAGCGAAAAGGAUGACUGAGAAGGAUGACCGACGGGCAUAUCAAAUCGUAAACCAGACUAGCUAUUGAAAAUCGUUUUAUGUUGAUCUAGAUUGAGUUAGUUUUCUGUGUAUUGGAUUUGUUUUGAUAUCUCUAUCAACUCACUAUCAUAAUUGAAUCAAAAGAAAAUGUUCAUAAUGUUCACAAUCAAGAAAAUUGUUUUAUGUUGAUUUAGAUCGAGUUAGUUUUCUGUCUGUUGGAUUUGUUUUGAUAUCUCUAUCAACUCACUAUCAGAAUUGGAAUCUAAAGAAAAUGUUCAUAAUAUUCACAAUCAAACCCAACGUACCUCGGGG